AUGUUAGGAGGAUGUCCUCGAUUAGUUAAAAUGAUCCUCCACACUGUUCUCGAUUCGGGUCGAAACAAUCAGACGCACAACCUUGCCUUGCUACCGUCGGAGUUAACCGUCACUUGUGACUUGCAAGAACUUCAGAGCCUUCGAAACAACCCGCGAAUAAUGCACGAAGCUGUCGUGAUUCAAGGAAUAGUUCGGGGAUGUUAGCAUCCAACAGACGUCUAGUGUGAGGAAGCACGACAGUCGGAAAGGUAAAGAGUGCAAAAAGAACCACUGCACCUCCAAGGAGAAUACUGGCCGACAAUCUAUGGAAGAGCUAUGAGCAUUCCUUGUCACGGUCGUUGAUGUGAAUUUCCUUCAAUUUACACGCUGUUCAACAUCUCAGCAAAGCAAUGGAUUGACCACUCCCGAAGCACUGUUCAUUCAUUCCAUAUGAGCUGCAUGACUGAUGUUGUUCCAAAGUUUUAUGACAAAAACAUGUGGCUCCUUUUUAGUUUACUAGCUAAAAACACCCAUUCGGUUGUUCUCUGUGAAAGAAUGCUUCACAUUAAAACCUGCCAUUGUGUCCGUUUCAACCCUGGGGUUCUCAUACUCAGACAUUUCUUAAUUUGAUUAAACACUUAAGCA